AUGAGAUGGCGGGAGGCAGCUGCUCCCAAGUUUUUCCGGGUGUUCGGCGAAAAAGAGGCGUUGUACUGUUGUCCGGACAACGCUCUCGGGCGCAUCGUGGGAUUCUCGGGGUGUUCUGCACGGGGCCGGGAGUUGCAGUGGGUGAUCCUGAUGGGUCCCUUCCCACUCAGCGUAGUCUGUGACUGUCGCAGAGAUGGAGAAGUUAAAUGUUGCCAUCUUUUCCUGUGUUACAGGACAGGGAAGGAGGGCCAGCCCAGGGAAUACUACACCUUGGAUUCUAUCUUGUUCCUGCUCAAUAAUGUGCACCUUUCCCAUCCUGUGUAUGUCCGUCGUGCUGCAACUGAAAACAUUCCUGUGGUAAGAAGACCUGAUAGGAAAGACUUGCUUGCAUACCUAAAUGGGGAAACAUCAACUUCAUCAAGCAUAGACAGAAGUGCUCCACUUGAAAUUGGUCUUCAACGAUCCACUCAAGUUAAAAGAGCAGCAGAUGAAAUAUUAGCAGAAGCAAAGAAACCAAGAAUAGAGGAUGAAGAGUGUGUGCGCCUCGACAAGGAGCGCUUGGCAGCUCGGCUGGAAGGACAUAAAGAGGGCAUCGUGCAAACGGAGCAGAUCAGGUCCUUGUCUGAAGCUAUGUCAGUGGAAAAAAUUGCUGCUAUCAAAGCCAAAAUCAUGGCAAAGAAAAGAUCCACUAUCAAAACUGAUCUGGAUGAUGACAUAACUGCUCUUAAACAGAGAAGUUUUGUUGAUGCUGAAGUGGAUGUAACUAGAGAUAUUGUCAGCAGAGAGAGAGUAUGGAGGACAAGAACUACAAUCUUACAAAGCACAGGCAAGAACUUUGCCAAGAAUAUUUUUGCAAUUCUUCAAUCAGUUAAAGCCAGAGAAGAAGGCCGAGCACCUGAGCAAAGACCUGCACCAAACACAGCACCAACGGAUCCUACUUUGCGAAAUAAGCAACCUAUUCCAGCUGCCUACAACAGAUAUGAUCAGGAAAGAUUUAAAGGCAAAGAGGAAACGGAAGGCUUCAAGAUUGACACCAUGGGCACUUACCACGGGAUGACUCUGAAGUCUGUGACGGAAGGUGCUUCUGCUCGAAAAACACAAACUCCGGCAGCACAGCCUGUGCCACGACCAGUUUCUCAAGCAAGACCACCUCCAAACCAGAAAAAAGGAUCUCGAACUCCCAUAAUCAUUAUUCCAGCAGCCACGACCUCUUUAAUAACAAUGCUUAAUGCAAAGGACCUUCUGCAAGAUCUGAAGUUUGUACCAUCAGAUGAGAAGAAGAAGCAGGGCUGUCAACGAGAGAAUGAGACUCUAAUACAGAGGAGGAAGGACCAGAUGCAGCCGGGGGGAACCACAGUCAGCGUCACUGUCCCUUACCGAGUUGUAGACCAGCCUCUGAAACUUAUGCCACAAGACUGGGACCGCGUGGUGGCCGUGUUUGUCCAGGGACCUGCCUGGCAGUUCAAGGGCUGGCCUUGGCUCCUGCCCGAUGGAUCCCCUGUUGAUAUCUUUGCAAAAAUUAAAGCUUUUCAUCUCAAAUACGACGAAGUGCGCCUGGAUCCCAACGUACAGAAAUGGGAUGUAACAGUGUUAGAGCUCAGCUACCACAAAAGACACUUGGACAGGCCAGUAUUCCUGCGCUUCUGGGAAACUUUGGACAGGUAUAUGGUAAAGCACAAAUCUCACUUGAGAUUCUGAAUCCUUUCAGCUGCCAUUUAUUUCCUGAAGUAUGUAUUGAAAAAAAUGGAAGGGGCUCCAGUUUGGAGACCAGAGCUCGCACUAUAUAUGUCAAGAACUUUACAAAUGAGGAAGGGUCACAGUUUAAACUUUUUAUAAAAUCUUAUUUGGAUGAUUCAUGCUAUGGCAGGUUGAUACCUGUUGUUAUCAGAAGCAAAGGGGUUUUGCUUAAAACUAUUUUUUUAAUGUUGUUAGCCUUCUAGUCUGCAAUCCAAAUUGUAUAUUUUGAUAGCAGCAGUUUCUUCUCUGUUUUGUUAAAUUAGCCACAUUUUUAAAUAAUGUGUUUUGUUCCUGAGUAGGUAAUAGCUGGGUCUCCAGGCAGGUUCCCCACGUGUGUGUGCGUGUGUGCGUGUGCGCACGGGUGCGUGUAAAUAAAUGUGUGGGUGUGUCUAUAGAUAUAGUGUACAAAAAAGUUAUAGACACACUGACACACACAUAGAUGUUUCCAGGCUUUCUAAACCACUUAGCUUCUGAGCUUAGUUUGGGGUUUCUUUGCUUACUGUUUCACUUACUGAAAAUAUUUUGUUGUGAAUGAUAUUACAUUUUAGUCAGUAGGACUUGCAAACUGAGCAAAGUGGAAGUUGUUUUCGAUAAAUCAAAAUGUCAACCUGUAUGUGUAUAUUCUGUCAGUCUUUGUUGAAAAAGGGAAGAUCAAAAAUCUAAUAACACUUUUUUUGGAUUUGUAAUGUCCCAGUUUACUAAAUCUUUAAACUUUAUUAUAGGAAUACCUUCAAGUCAUGUUAACUUUAAAUUGCCAUUCUCCACACACGUCUCUUUCUUUAAACUGAAAGUAUGCAUGUGUACAUUCCCAUCUAGCAAAUACCUUUGCAUAUGAGUCUAAAUGUUACCUAGAUUAAAUGAUGAAUAGAGGAGGAGAGAGUUGGAAUGUUUUUUUUCCUGGAGCAGCCACCACAAGGAAUAAAUGAUUUUAACUACAUUGCAUUUUUACUUCUAAUACUAUUUUCUUGUGAAAAAAGUAGCCCAGACUGUCUACAGGAGUUGUAAUUUUCUGAGCUGAGUGGCUAAUAAGGCCUCCUAAGAGUCCUGCAUUGGAAUGGAAAAUCAGCCUUCUCCAAUUACCAAAGAACAGAUUUGCUUCAUCUACAGUGUGAGGCCAGAGGAUACUGGUAUUUGUACCAAUUUACAGCAUCUCUGUAUCUAUGGAAUAACAUUAAGUUGAUGUUGCAUACCAGUGAAUGUAGAGAAUGAUCAAAUACUGUAACACCUGCAUGAUUUCUUUUUUUUUUCUGGGAUAGAAAAUACAUGUUUAUAUUCCUGUUCUUGAAAUUCCAAACCAUGUUUUUUUAAUAUACUUUACAUUUA